GUCAGACUUACCAUUGAGAGGCAGGGGCGUCCGUCUCCAACAAGCCCAGUGAAGCCCAGUUCCCCAGCUGGCAAACCUGAUGGCCAGGCUGAGCUCCCCCUGACAGACCGAGAGGUGGAGAUUCUAAACAAGACGGCUGGGAUGUCGCAGUCAACCGAGCUGCUCCCAGACUCCACGGAUGCGGAGAUUGCACCUCCCAAGCCCCCUUUACCUGGCAUUCGAGUGGUUGAUAAUAGUCCUCCACCAGCGUUGCCACCCAAGAAAAGGCAGUCAGCUCCGUCUCCUACCCGAGUGGCUGUGGUGGCCCCCAUGAGUCGAGCCACCAGCGGCUCCAGCCUACCUGUCGGGAUUAAUAGGCAGAGGCGACUGUCAGGAGGCAGCCACUCGUAUGGCGGAGAGUCGCCCCGCCUGUCCCCCUGCAGCAGCAUAGGCAAGCUCAGCAAGUCAGACGAGCAGCUGUCCUCUCUGGACAGGGACAGCGGACAGUGCUCCCGGAACACAAGCUGUGAAACUCUAGAUCACUAUGAUCCCGACUAUGAAUUCCUCCAGCAAGACCUCUCUAACGUGGACCAGAUACCUCAACAAGUGGCUUGUAACCUUAGCCCGUUGCCGGAGUCCUCGGGGGAGUCUGGGUCUCCAUUCCUCAGCCAUCCUUUCCAGCUGCCUCUUGGCAUCUGUCCCCAGCCAGAGGGGCCCUUGGCCCCAGGACAGCAGACAGACACGCCACCUGCUCUUCCAGAGAAGAAGCGCAGGAGUGCGGCCUCCCAAACCACGGACAGCUCUGGCUGCAGGGUGUCCUAUGAGCGGCACCCCUCACAGUAUGACAACAUCUCUGAAGAUGACCUGCAGAACCCAGCCCCAGUCCAGUGCAUCCCCUUCACAGCCUUUGCUGCUAUCCUCCCUUUUCAGCAAGGAGGUUCCUCAGCCCCUGUCGAAUUUGUGGGUGACUUCACUGCUCCUACAUCAACGGGUGACCCAGAAAAGCCACCUCCUCUACCAGAGAAGAAAAACAAACACAUGCUGGCCUACAUGCAGCUGCUCGAGGACUACUCAGAGCCACAGCCCUCCGUGUUCUACCAGACACCGCAGAACGAGCACAUCUACCAGCAGAAAAACAAGCUCCUCAUGGAGGUGUACGGCUUCAAUGACUCCUUCAGCGGAGCGGACUCCUCGCAGGAGCUGGCCCCUCCACCCGCCCUCCCUCCCAAGCAGCGGCAGCUGGAAUCACCAGCUGGGAAAGACGGGCCUGCCAGAGAUCCCUCGGCAGUUGGCAGUGCACCUGGAAAGGACAGCAGAGAUGGUGGUGAGAGGGCUCCAAAGUCACCAGAUGCUCUGGAGUCGGCCCAGCUGGAAGACGAAGUGGAUGAGCUGUCCCUCAUCGACCACAAUGAAAUUAUGGCCAGGCUGACGCUCAAGCAAGAGGGUGAUGAUGGGCCAGAUGUCCGUGGAGGGUCUGGAGACAUCUUGCUGGUCCAUGCUACUGAGACCGACAGGAAAGAUUUGGUGCUGUACUGUGAAGCCUUCCUGACCACCUACAGGACCUUCAUCACCCCAGAGGAGCUCAUCAAGAAGCUACAGUACAGAUAUGAGAAGUUCUCUCCCUUUGCUGACACGUUCAAGAAGCGCGUGAGCAAGAACACAUUCUUCGUGCUGGUGCGGGUGGUGGAUGAGCUCUGCCUGGUGGAGUUGACGGAGGAGAUCCUGAAGCUGCUGAUGGAACUGGUCUUUCGCCUGGUGUGCAGUGGGGAGCUCAGCCUGGCUCGUGUGCUCCGGAAGAACAUCCUGGACAAGGUGGACCAGAAGAAGCUGCUCCGGUGUGCCAACUCCGACCAGCCCCUGGCAGCCAGGGGGGUAGCAGCCAGGCCAGGGACCUUGCAUGACUUUCACAGCCAUGAAAUAGCUGAGCAGCUGACACUGCUGGACGCUGAGCUCUUCUAUAAAAUAGAGAUUCCCGAGGUUUUGCUUUGGGCAAAAGAGCAGAAUGAGGAGAAGAGCCCCAACUUGACCCAGUUCACGGAGCACUUCAACAACAUGUCCUACUGGGUCCGGUCGAUAAUCAUGUUACAGGAAAAGGCCCAGGACAGGGAACGGCUGCUCCUGAAGUUCAUCAAGAUCAUGAAGCACCUGCGGAAGCUAAACAACUUCAACUCCUACCUGGCCAUCCUGUCGGCGCUGGACUCGGCACCCAUCCGCAGGCUGGAGUGGCAGAAGCAGACCUCAGAGGGCCUGGCUGAGUACUGCACGCUGAUUGACAGCUCGUCCUCCUUCCGAGCCUACCGGGCUGCCCUCUCCGAGGUGGAGCCUCCGUGCAUACCAUACCUGGGGCUGAUCCUGCAGGACCUGACCUUCGUUCACCUGGGAAACCCAGACUAUAUUGACGGGAAAGUGAACUUUUCCAAGCGGUGGCAGCAGUUCAACAUCCUCGACAGCAUGCGAUGUUUCCAGCAGGCGCAUUACGACAUCCGGAGAAACGACGACAUCAUAAACUUCUUCAACGAUUUUAGUGACCACCUGGCCGAGGAGGCCCUGUGGGAACUCUCUCUGAAAAUUAAACCCAGGAACAUAACGCGGAGGAAAACAGACCGGGAAGAGAAGACCUAGGAGCAGGUGCCAUGAGCAAGGAGAACGCUCAAGAGGCAGAGGGCAGCUCCAAGCCCAGGGAGGACUCUGGACCUGGCAGGUGGGCUGCCAGCGCCCCGGCCACAGAGCCACAGGCUGGCCAGGCCUCAGCUAUGCCGGGCAGGGGCCUGGAGCCCGCCAGCGGCUUCCUGCCUCCCUCCUCCGCAGGAGCAGACACGUGGCCCGCAGUGGAGCUGGCAGGCAGGUCUUAGGACUGAUUUGUGACCCGGGGGUUUCCUGGUUUGGUUUAGUUUUCUGCUUUCACUUCUGUCUUCCCCCCCACCCUGCCACCCUCUCUCCUACAGCCUGGGAGCAGCACAGAACCAGAAUCAGCAGACCAAGGAAUGGCAGAUCCUCUCCCCUCCCUGAGCUUGAGAGUCCCUGAAUGACACGGCAACUGCCUGGAGGCAGAGGCCCCUGUGUGGGGGCUGCCCUCCUACGGCUGCAAUGAGGCAGGUGUGGAGGGGUGGUCAGAAGGCAGAGAAGACCAGGGCAGGCUCCUUUUGCCCCCCAUUCCCUGCUUUUGAAAUAUGGAGGAUGGUGUGAGCUUUUCAUCUGGCCCAGAAAGGUAGGACGGGGGGUGUUAACGCAGCCCUGGAGCUGGCACCCCUUAGCAUGGCACUGGCUCUUGGGCAGUCUUGCUGGGUGCUGUGCCCACAGGCCUCCCAUGCUGGACUGCGAGCAGCAGCAGCACCUGUCAUCUUGUCACCCCUUUACCUCCUGCCCAGGCUGCUAAGACUUUCCCCACAUUGUCCCUCUGGGCAGCUGGGAGAGGAGGCUGGGCUAGGGAGGAAGAACUUCACCAUCAGAGAAGCACUUUGUAUUGCUGGGAGUCUUUUUUACCUUGUCUGAGUUGGGGCCUGAGCUGAGCUCCUGGGGAGUGAAUUCAGAGAGGGGACAGCAAAGGAGCUCUCCUGUCCUCCUCCGUCGCUUGCUGUGUGCCUUAAGCUCCGUCUUCUGUCUCUCCCAGUAUCUUGCCCCAUUCUGGAGUGGCCAGUGGGCUCCUCCUCUGGCUCAUCAGACCUUCCUGCCAGAGCCAUCAGUGUUCCCCGGGAAGGACAGGGCAUCCCUGAGAGGCCCAAGCAGGCCCUUGGGGUGUGGAGAGGUCAGAGGCCUGGCCUCAGAGGUGCCCCUGAGGCUGAGCAGCCAGGCAGGCUUGCUUUCUCCUUGGCUGGAGCAUCUUCAAGAGCAGGUUCUCUUCCGUCCUCCUGGUUACAAACCACUCUCACUGCUGAGGCUGACAAUCUAGGGCAAGGUUUGUGGGGGCGGGGGAGGGCACUGCUUCAGCAAGCAGGUGCCCGCUAGAGCCUCCCAUGUCCCCCCCGGCUCCCAGCUGCUGUGCACAAGCGAGUGCUCACUGCUGCUGGGUGCAGGACUUGAUCAAGUGAACACCAGGGUCGGACUGAGCUUACUUAGCCCAGUUUAAACAGAACAAAGAAAAGAUAGAAAGCAACACCUGUUGAUUAUUUAGACUUUUUAAACAACCAUGUCACUUUGAGCCCUUUCUGGGUUUGUGAGCAGCUUUUCUCAAGAAGAGUUUGGGCUGUGUUUCUUCUUCUUUCGUGUUUUGUUUGUCCUGUAUGGAGAGGGGAGGGAAUCUGUGGAACGUCAGAGAGGCUGCCUCUGACAGCAGUCCUGCUGGCGGCUGCCGGAACCGUCACUUUAUUAUUUAAAGAGUGUGUGUGGAGAACCGCUGGUUUCUUAGCAGUAUUGUGUGUGGGGUUGGAUUUUUAGUUUGUUCCCUCUUUUUGAGUCCCUUCAUUUCAACCUUUGCCUCGCACUCCCGUCCUUUGCCCAGCUCUGUUGAAUGCUGCUGCGUGUAUGGGAGGGUCCACUGUGCACACAAGGUCUUUGAAUUGUGUGAACGAAACCCCUGUGCCAUUUAGAGCCUCUGGGAGUCUCCCUCUGUGGCACAGGCAAGGGCCAGUGCUGUGUCGCAGCCUCAGAAACCAGCCCACUCACGCCCAGCAGCAGGCAGAUCUGUGUCUGCAGUUGGGCCUGUGCGCCUUGCUCUCAGACGUGAGCUGGACAGAGAGGGGGUCUCCACACCUUCCCUGAAUUCAGAACAGACCCUGUGCCCAUCCCCAGGAUGCCCGAGCAUUUCCCCCGGGCCCUCCCCGUCCCUCCCUGGGAGCCCUUGGUAGUCUGAGCAGAAGAGCCCAAGCAGCAGGUGGCAGUGCCAGGUGGCUCCCCACAUGGGGACAGCAGGGUGCACUGCGUGUUUUAACUUAUUGGCUGACAGGCUCCCCCUCCCGGCUCUGGUUGUUGCCAGGUCCCAGUGCUCAGUGCUGCAGCCUGGCCGGGACUUGUCUGUUUCUCGGGGGCCCAGGGGAGGGUUGUGGGGAUCAAUCUUUGACACGACUGAGAUGGAUGAUUCGGUUCCUUUCUGGUCAGUUCUCACCUGCAGGUGUGGGUGGAGCCAGGGAAGGGCACUGGGCUCCAGUUCUGAGAAGCGCCUGCCGCUCCGGCUGCCCACGGCCUCCCAGUGUUCCAUUGUAAUAUACAUCCCCCAACUAACCGUCUCAUAGUGGCAUCUUCCUGCAGACAUUUCAAACGUGUAACUUUUAUAUGAAAGAAAAAUAAACACAGAUGAAAGCCGA